GCAAUUACACCUUUCUCUCCCACCAUUAAAUGCAAUUGCAUCCUCUCAAUACGCUCUGCAAUUACUCCUCGCUGCCAUACUUUUCUCCCUCUUCCCCCCUUUCUCCUUACUUGCCUUUCUCUCUUUCCUAAAACCACUUCCCUUUCUUUUUCCUCAUCUUCUUCUCCUUUUUCUUCACCUUCUCUAACUUCCAAAACUAUUUACUACUCCAGAGUCCAUACCAUAUAAAUAUAUACACACACAUAUAAACUCUUAUACACCAAAAUCCGUACGCCGGAAAACCACUCUUGGGUCACCAAACAGUGGCUUACCGGCACCAGUUUAAAGCCCAAAGCUAGAUCUACAACGCCUCGCUCUCUAGGGCUUUUGAUCAGAUGCACACAUACAACAUCAUACAUCCUGCUAGGGCAAGACCAGAAAAUAUAAGGAGAAACUUGGGUGUUAAAGUGGGUUUAUGAAUUUGGUUUAGACCCAUUUUUUGUCUGUCAAAACUCAAAAGCCGUGUUAAAAUUGUCAACCUAUUAAUAUUAUAAUCUCUUCAUAUACUCACACUCUCCAUUUCAUCAAGUACAAAACGAAAGUGUGUUUGUCAGCUCUAUGUCCCUUUGUUUCCCCCGCGUCAAAUAACCUCAUCCUCAACAUUUGUGUGGGAAAUUAAUCCAUACAAAUUGCAAGUUCUGGUUAAUUUGGGGGGUUUUAAGUCUUGAAAUAUCCCGGCCGGGCUUAUGAUUCCGGCUAGAAACAUGCCUUCGAUGAUUGGAAGCAAUGGGAACAUUAACGGGUUUGCAUCAUCUUCAGGACUCACACUUGGUCAGCCAAACAUGAUGGAAGCCGGUCAUCUGCACCCGUUAGACAUGGCUACAAACACCUCUGAAAGCGACAUUGCUCGGUUCCGAGAUGAUGACUUCGACAGUGCUACCAAAUCCGGCAGCGACAACCCUGAAGGCGGUUCCGGUGACGACCAAGAAAACCGUCGACCCAAAAAGAAGCGUUAUCACCGCCACACACAGCAUCAGAUCCAAGAAAUGGAAGCUUUUUUCAAGGAAUGUCCCCACCCAGAUGACAAGCAGAGGAAGGAACUGAGCAGAGAAUUAGGUUUGGAACCAUUACAAGUCAAAUUUUGGUUUCAAAACAAGCGCACCCAAAUGAAGACUCAGCAUGAGCGGCAUGAGAACACACAACUUCGGAACGAAAACGAAAAGCUCCGUGCUGAUAACAUGAGGUACAGAGAAGCGCUAGGUAAUGCCUCAUGCCCUAAUUGUGGCGGCCCAACAGCUCUAGGAGAGAUGUCAUUCGACGAACACCAUCUGAGACUCGAUAAUGCUCGAUUACGAGAAGAGAUCGAUCGUAUAUCUGCGAUAGCUGCGAAGUACGUUGGCAAACCGUUGGGAAACUACCCUCUCAUGUCUUCUCCUGUUCCUUCCCGUGGUCCACUUGAUCUUGGGGUUGGGAGCUUUGGUGGUCAGCCAGGCAUGGGCGGUGAGAUGUAUGGUGCUGGAGACCUUCUCAGGUCAAUCAGUGCACCAAGUGAGGCAGACAAGCCAAUGAUAAUUGAGCUUGCUGUUGCAGCUAUGGAGGAACUCGUCAGAAUGGCCCAAAUGGGUGAACCCUUGUGGAUGACCAGCCUUGAUGGCAGCAUGACCGUACUUAAUGAAGAUGAGUACAUCAGAACAUUCCCUCGUGGAGUCGGGCCAAAACAAAAUGGCUUCAAAACUGAAGCUUCGCGUGAGAGUGCAGUUGUUAUCAUGAACCACAUUAACCUUGUUGAGAUUCUCAUGGAUGUGAAUCAGUGGUCGACUGUAUUUUCUGGGAUUGUGUCAAGAGCUUUGACCCUUGAAGUCUUAUCAACUGGCGUGGCUGGAAAUUACAAUGGAGCCUUGCAAGUGAUGACGGCAGAAUUCCAGGUUCCUUCACCACUUGUUCCAACUCGUGAGAGUUAUUAUGUGAGGUACUGCAAACAGCAUGCUGAUGGCACCUGGGCUGUGGUUGAUGUUUCCUUGGACAACUUGCGCCCUAAUCCUGCACCCAGAUCUUGUCAAAGAAGGCCCUCAGGAUGCCUAAUUCAAGAAAUGCCAAACGGGUAUUCAAAGGUUACAUGGGUUGAGCAUGCUGAAGUGGAUGAAAGAGGUGUUCACAACCUCUACAAGCAGCUGGUUAGCUCCGGCCACGCAUUUGGCGCUAAACGAUGGGUUGCCACCUUGGACAGGCAAUGCGAACGUCUGGCUAGUGCGAUGGCAUCAAACAUCCCUACCGGUGAUGUUGGAGUGAUUACAAAUCAAGAAGGGAGAAAAAGCAUGCUAAAAUUGGCUGAAAGAAUGGUGAUUAGCUUCUGUGCUGGAGUGAGUGCAUCAACCACUCACACAUGGACCACACUGUCUGGAACCGGGGCUGAUGAUGUCCGGGUGAUGACCCGAAAGAGUGUGGAUGAUCCCGGAAGGCCUCCAGGUAUUGUGCUCAGUGCCGCCACAUCUUUCUGGCUGCCAGUUCCUCCCAAAAGAGUCUUUGAGUUUCUCCGCGAUGAGAACUCUCGCAGCGAGUGGGAUAUUCUUUCCAAUGGGGGAAUUGUUCAAGAGAUGGCACACAUUGCUAAUGGUCGUGACACUGGAAAUUGCGUGUCUCUACUACGAGUAAAUAGUGCUAAUUCAAGCCAGAGCAACAUGCUGAUACUGCAAGAAAGCUGCUCUGACCCAACAGCUUCCUUUGUGAUUUAUGCACCAGUUGACAUUGUUUCCAUGAAUGUGGUGCUGAAUGGGAGUGACCCUGACUAUGUUGCCCUUCUUCCUUCUGGGUUUGCUAUACUCCCGGACGGAGCCGGCAUUGGAGACUCUGGCUCUGGUGGUGGUUCCCUUCUCACUGUUGCUUUUCAGAUCUUGGUUGAUUCAGUCCCCACUGCUAAGCUGUCUCUCGGAUCAGUUGCAACAGUUAACAAUCUUAUCGCUUGCACUGUUGAGAGGAUCAAAGCUGCAUUGUCAUGAGACAAUGCGUGAACUUCAUGCCUCAGUUAAUUUCUAGUUUGUUGCAGUAUUAGGACGAGGAAGAAAGGUGAACGGACAGAGACACCGAUGGUGGCAAGGAAUUUCGGCAGCUUAUACCCAGGAGGGGAGAAGUCAAGAUCGCACCCUACAUGAUCUUUUUGUAUAAUCUAUAAAGAGAUUAGGGGUUCGGGUAUUGACUUCCUCGAACAAUGUUAAAGGCAAAUUAAGCGCUUCAGACCUUAUUAAUUUUUUAGUUUUGUGUUUACUGAACUUUCUCCUUUUCCACCUUCUUUAACAUUGUACACAGGAUUAGGGUUUUGGAAUGGAUAUUGCUUUUCUUUAUGGUCAAUCGUUCAGGGUUUUUUU